AUACAAUAAUACAAGUAUUUAUCGGGGGCUUUAAUGUUUGUCUGCACUGCUCUGAUUAUCUCUCGUCAAGGUUAAUGCUAGAAAAAUACUUGAUGACUGCGAUUGGUUUGGAACGCUUCAUCUGAAGCUGUUUGUCGGGUCCUCGGUGGAGCCCUUAGGAGACCUCCCCCUCAGCUGUCUCGCUUCUCGGACACUUGCUGGAGCCGUGACAACCAUGCGGCAAUAGGGGAGCGAUGGAAAUCAGUGCAGCAGAGCUGUCAAGUGGCACACUUAACUGGUCUUAGAUUUUCGCCUGAGGGGAGCCUUCCUGAAGCAACAUGAUGUUACGACCAGGCCAAAUUUUUACUCUUCUCAGUAAGAAUGCUUCUCGGCAUCAAUGGGCCAUGGCCCAGGACAUGGGUAUUGUUGCUGGACCAAAUUGUUUUAGGAGGAAGCUCUCUGGGUACUGUCCUCGACGAGAUAACUUUGUCAUCCCUCCAGACGCUGUUGUUGUGCAUAAGCGUUCAAUCACUUGGUCGCAACUUUUAUCUGCCACUGAUAAACCUGUUGGAACUGAUGGUCCUAAGAAAACUGUGAAAGAAGAAAGUGAGGAUGGUGUUAUCACAGACAGACCACAGAAGGCUAAGGACAGCAAGAUAAUUAUCAUUGAAGAGCCCAUCGUGAUUGUGGCUGCUGUACCGGGAGAUGCUACACCUCCAGAAAAUGAGAAGGAUAAAGGGAAAGAAGCUAAACCUGUUAAAAUCAAGAGAGUAAGAGUAGACCUUACUAAAACCUCUUUAGAAAGAAACUUCAUUACUCCUGUUAGAGCGAUGUCAGAUUUUCUUUUGAAACCUUCAGAUCUUGAUGGGUUGAGGAAAACAAAGCGGAGGUCUCCUAUUGAGAACGAACCUCCCAUAACAGUGUAUUGGAGAAAAGAUGUUGAAUCAAGAGCCAAUGAAGUAUGGGGUGACAAAGAAAAAUUAAUAAAUGAAAUCGUAAGGCGGGAAAUGGAGCAUAGAAGCUACCAACAAAAUAUGUUUUCUGUCAAGAGACAGCUCAGAGACUAUUUGAAAAUGCAAGAAAGAGAGCAUUCGAGAGAUGAAGAAUUUGCAAAGGAGUCAGGGUUGAUGGGACCCUCAGGAAGAGUGGUGAUGACUGCUGUUGUAAUAAAUGGAUGUAAUUUUGUAUUUAAAUUAGCAGCAUGGCUGUACACUGGUUCCCACAGUAUGUUUGCAGAGAGUGUUCACUCACUGGCUGACACAAUAAAUCAGCUUAUUUUAGCCUAUGGAAUAUAUAAAUCAACUCAGAGGGCUGAUGUUGAACAUCCCUAUGGGUACAGCAAUAUGCGCUAUGUGGCAUCCUUGAUUUCAGGCGUCGGUAUAUUCUGUGUUGGAACAGGGUUGUCUAUUUAUCAUGGGGUUCUUGGACUUGUUGAUCCUGCUCCUCUUGAGGACUUUUAUUGGGCCUUCUUCAUUUUAGGAGGGUCCCUCCUCUCAGAGGGGGCCACCUUAAUCAUGGCUGUGAAUGCUAUACGUCAAGGAGCAGCAAGGCAUAAUGUGCCUUUCACAAAAUACAUUCUUGAAAGUCGUGACCCUAGUGUAAAUGUUGUACUGCUGGAAGACCUAGCGGCGGUCUUAGGAGUAGUUGUUUGCUCUACCUGUAUGGGACUGACUCAUAUCUAUGGAAGCCACAUUCCAGAUGCUGUGGGCUCGUUAUUAGUUGGAGGGCUUCUUGGAGGUGUUGCAUCUUUUAUUAUUUAUUCAAAUGUGGCUGGAUUAGUGGGCAGAUCUAUACCAUAUGAUCAGCUUGAAAAAAUCAACUCUGAGCUGGAAUCAGAUGUGAUGGUUAGAGCAAUCCAUGAUGUCAAGGGUAUUGAUAUGGGUAACUUUUUAGUUCGGUACAAAGCUGAAAUUGACUUUGAUGGAAGAGAACUAACCCGGUCUUAUUUAGACAAGCAAGAUUUACAAAUGAUGCUUAAUGAAGUAAGAACUUUUAAAGACAUUGAUGAACUAGAAGGUUUUAUGGUGAAACAUGGUGAAAACAUUGUAGAUUUAAUGGGUGGUGAGAUUGAUCGUAUUGAACUCAAACUGAGGACAAAGCAUCCAGAGAUCAGACAUUGUGAUCUUGAAAUCUUAUAAGGUCCGACUGUGAUGAAAAUGUCUUUCCAAGUUGCAUUACCAAAUAGUUAAUGUUAUUGUGAUGAUCUGCGGUGUUCCUGUUUUGUUUAAUGUGAAGGUAUUGAAACAACUGACACCACUUUAAGAAAUCAAUUUGUAGAAGGAAAUAUCAUAACAAAUCAUGUCUAGCCGAAUUUCUGAUUUGUAAGCCGAUACUUAGGUACUGUAAAUGUGGGGAUAUGACUGGUGACAGUGCAGUAUUCUCUUAAUAAUUCUCUUAGAUAUUUUUGUGAAAUGGUAAAAAUAUUUAUGUAACUUGUGCUAAAAGAGGAAGUUUUGCAUCUCUCCUGUGCUAUACUAGUUCCCUUAGAUAAAUUUGUCUCUGGCCUUUUGUACAUUGAAAGAAAUAUAAGUUUUCCACAUUUUACCUGAAAUAAGGUUUGGCAUGUUUGAAAUUUUUACAAUUUGAACUGUUAAGUGUAACAAGCUAAUCAAAAUCCUGUAUGAAUGCAUAUUUUAUUCUCACAACAAAUUACAGCUUAUUUAUACUGUAUCUCUCUUCUAUUUUCUCAAUGGCCUUUGCUGUAGGUUUUGAAUAUUGGUUGCAGCAGUUGAAUUGUUUAAAUUAAUUUUUCUUCCAAUGUAAAGUAGAGAUUGGAAAAUGCUUUGUGAUCUGUUUUAGAUGUGGUGCUACUUAUUCCUAGAUUAAGUUUUCUCUCAUUCGUGUAGCAUGUCUCCUUGGGGUCUCCUCAUGAUCUCUCCAGAGUUGUGAUAUUUCUGCUGUAUGAACACCAUCUCCUCCUGCAUUAAAAGAGUUUGUCAACGAAUGUAUGUACAGACGUGUGUAUGGUGUUGUUUAGUCGCCUUCUUUUAUGUAAUUAUCAACUUGUUUUGAGAUUCAAGGGAAGGCACUCGUGAGCUGUUUUACUGAAUCCUAAAAAGUGACUCAAUGUAAAAAGAUUUGCAAACUUUAAAACAAAUUAAUCCUUGCCCCUUGUGUAAUUUAAGUCCAGGCUUAAAGCUUAUGGGUCCAAUUCUUAUGGUGGGCUUGAACUCUAUUUUACGUCUUGUUCUAACAGAAUGCCAUGUCUGUAGAAAUGUGUCCAUGAAAGUGGCCAUUAUUUAUUUCCCUGUGUAUGAAGUCCUUCCCUUGUUGUUGUUUAUUUUUUUCUAUCCGCAAUCGGGUGUGUGCCAGUGACGCAAUAAAUUAAAACGGAAAGAUAAAAAACUA